GUCUCGCUCGAAUUCAAACCCACAGACGAGAACACGCGCUUCUUCGCCGUGCCGUCGACCGGCGCCGCGCUGCUGCUCGUCGAGGAGAUCGACCGGCCCAACAUGGGCCUCACGAUCGACUUUGGCCACUGCCUCGCGGCGGGCGAGAACCCGGCGCAGAGCGCGGCGAUGGUCGGCUCGCGGGGCAAGCUCUUCGGCAUCCAGCUGAACGACGGCUACACGCGGCUCGGCGCCGAGGACGGCCUCAUCCUGGGCUCGGUCCACCCGCACAUGGCGCUCGAGUUCGUGCGCUGGCUGCAGAAGACCGACUUCAGCGGGCACGUCUACUUUGAUACCUUCCCGCGCAACGAGGACCCCGUGCGCGAGGCCGAGUACAACAUCCGCAAGUUCAAGCGCCUCUGGCGGCAGGCGAAGCAGCUGCAGCAGGCGGGCAUCGACGAGCUGAUGGCGCGGCAGGACGCGAUGGCCGUGCUCGAGAUGCUCGAGGCGCAGGGGAUGUAG